AUGUCUUCAAUUUCUCUAUCCCGUCGGCCUGUGGUCGGUCCGGAGAGAAGUCUGUUUGAAGAAUUAACUUAUGAUGGAAAGGUUGUUAAACGAGAGCCCAAAGACGAGGAGGGCCCUUCACAUGACCAUGUUGCCGAAAACCCCUUUGACAAUAAGAGCAGCCGCACUCUCUUCGAUGCAAUCGAUCAACUCCAAACAUGCGGUGCCGGCCAGGAUAUCGAUAUCCCUCAACUCGUUAUUGUAGGAGGACAGUCUACUGGGAAGUCUUCCCUGCUCCAAAGCCUUGUAGAGAUCCCUUUCCCAACAGGCCAGGGCUGCUGCACGCGCUUCGCGACCCGCAUUGUGUCUCGACGCACACCACCUGGUUCCCCGAAUCUGUGCAUCGUCAAGAUUGUCAAGCCGGACUUCGAUCUUAACGAAUUCUUCAACUACGGGGCUAAUGACACCUAUAAGUCUUUCGAAGAGAGAUGUGAGACGCUGAGUGCGCAGAGAUUCUCUGACAUCGUGGAAAAGGUGCAAAAGGAUUACAUGGGAAUCGACCGUGGCAAGCACAGAGGCGCAAAGAACUUUGCGACUGAGGUUCUAAGGGUGGAACUCAGCGGUCCUAAUCGAUCACAUUUCAGCAUACUAGACAUCCCGGGGUUCUUCUCCACAGCCGCAGAUGUACACCCAGAGGAAAUGGCGGGCGUCAAGAGAAUGGUCACAGAGUAUAUGAAGAAGCCACAGAAUCUUGUCAUCUGUGUGGCUGAUGCCACCAAUGACGUGGCCAACCAGGGAAUCUUCGACUUGGCCGGCGAACACGUGGAGAAAAGCCGGCUUAUCGGUGUAUUCACCAAGUGUGACAGAGCCAAGGAUUCCUCACAAGCCCGCGAGGUUGUCCGUACUGCCACUAAACCCGACGUUGCAGACGACUAUACGUCAAUGAAACAUGGGUGGUUUGUGGUGCGGAACAGGAAAACCGAGGAUGGGCCUGAUUUCGAUCUGGAAGCCUCGGAGGCAUCACUGUUCAGUCAAGAUCCUUGGACGAACGUUCCGAAGAGCCGGCGAGGAUCUGCGAUGUUGAAGAAAUUCCUUGCACAAUUCCUCAGCUCGAGAAUUCGCAAGGAAUUCCCAAUUCUCCAAAGCAAGGUGCAGGAUCUGCUACAAAAGAACCUCCAAGCUAGGAAGGCGUUGGGAGCUCCCCGGCCAUCACACCAAGAUCGUGUUCAAUAUCUCAAUGAUGUUGUCCAUAGAUACCACUCGGCUGCUAAACUGGCAUUGGAGCAGCCCGGACACCUUCCUUCACAAGGUAUGCGAGUUCGGAAUCUUGUUGCAAUGAGAAACCGUAAGUUCGAUAGCUACUUGAGACUCAACGGGCAUCAAUUCGAGUUCGAAGACAUCUUCAAUCCCGUUCUCGGCGACGCUGGUCAACCUGAAGAUAACUCAGAGGAAGAGACGGCAUCAUCUCAGCAUGAGCCUCCGCAAUUCACCUUUGGAGUCUUGCCACCCACUCCUAGUGCUAGCCCAACACCGAAGUCAAAGGCCAAAAAGGUGAAAGAGCGUCCACCUCGGACUGUUGCUCAAGCUAGGAAAGAAGUAUCGCCUAUCCGCCAGAAAAUCCGAGAAGAGAUCGACGUUUUCCAAAACGCCGGCCUUCCAGGACUGUUGAACACUGACGUUUUCCCUAAACUCUACAAUGAGCAAAAUCGAAAGUGGUCCAAGAUAGCACUUGACCAUCUUCGAGGCGUGGCCCAAGACACAAUCGCGGCAGCUAUGGAGAUCCUCAAGUACGUUGAUGAACAGUGCCACUUAAGCUCCGAUGCUAUGGAAGGGUUGAAGAGUAUAGUGAUGGAUUUCUACCGGACUGAAUUCAAAGAAGCUCGCAAGAGAUUGGAAGACUACAUGGAGCAGGAGAAAUCUUUCCCCUUGCAGACAACAAACCCGCGAUUUCAGCAGUCGCUGGAAGAAAGGCGAAUCAAAAGAUACCAGGAUGCUUUCCGACGUAACAUAGACGAUCUCCGGGACUGGCUCCACCGUGGGCAGCAUACCGCGUCCACGAUUAUUGACAAAGUUGACCUGGUCCUGGUUGACUUGCAUUUCGACGCGGCUACGAGAAUGGAGAACGAGGUUCACGACGUCCUUCAAGUCUACUACGAGCUAGCAUUGGAGACUUUCAUCGAGUUCACGACGAAACGCGUGAUCGAAGACUUCGUGUCGAACAAAAAAGGACCACUGCGCGGCUUAUCAACGGACUAUAUCCUUGGCCUGUCGGAAGCUGAGGUAGAGAAGCUGGCCCGCGAAGACGAAGCUACUUUGUUGAAGAGGGACGGCUACAAUCAGCAGAUUGCCAGGCUGGAACGGGCGCAUGCCAUCGCUGAAAACGCGUGGAGGCAAACGACGUCUUGUGAAGGUGAACUUCUCACCGCGUAA